AUGCCCACACGCCCCGGCAAUCGCAGGAAGCGACAGGCUGCCUCGCCAGCCCCAUCGAGCAUACAAAACUCUGUCGACAAAGCCAGCUUGCCCACCCCCAUCCCCACUGUACACAGGCGAAGAAUAGCUGAAAGUCAGAACCAAGCCAACACCAGCAACAAGCGUAAGCGAGCCCGCAUUAGCAAUGACGAAGAUUUCACUGUCGACAUUGAAGAGGAAAUCGAAACUGACCUGAACCCAGAGGAGCCCACCAACACCCAAACCGACGUUACCCCUACCAUUUCGAACUAUCGCAAACUUGGCAUGGAAUGGGGUAUUGCCCGAGCCGAACAAUACCUGGCUGACCUCAAGCUCCCCAAAAACAACCGACCCUCAAGCAACGGUCUCUUUGAGGCACAAGGCCUUCAAUCGGCCUAUGAGACGGACAAGACAAUGCUCUGCAUUGUUUUGAAAGUCAGCAGAAGGGUACUUGACGAAGCUCUAUUAGAAGGCCCUCUAGCUUGCAAACCAAAUAUGUAUACUAAUUAUCAGACUUACAGCAAUGUGGCCACGAAGACUGCCAUGCCACCCAAGGGAGUCUCACUUGGCUUUCAAGAACGCAACCGCCUUGUCGGUUCAACUUGGUCGACUUACGUUGAUGAGGAACAGGCAGUCUUUAAGCCACAGUACUUCGAGCGUCUAUGUGUAGCAACCAGCGAGGCGUACGCACUCACUACAACCCCACUCGGCAUUUCUGCAUCGGUUGCUGUUCAACACAAUACCCCCCCUCCGGUCUCGAACCCCUCACCGAGCAAGAAAUCCAAACUUAUGUCCCAGUCUUUGAACGCUUGGUCAACCUACAGAAAGUCUCACGCGACCUCCACCAGGGAAGACUUUGGAGGCACACUUGAAAUUAGCAGGGUUGUUCGGCAGCUUAACAUAUUGAAAAAUCAUUUCAACUUAAAUUUUCACCUCCUGAUGGCUUGUUGGAACCCGGCCACCACCACCGCCCGAGCCCUAUUCCAGGUUGAGCAUACCUCUUGCAACAGAUGGGCUCGCCAGCAGGAGAAACAGCACCUUCUUGAGAAGUUCACCUUCGAGUCGACCAGAGCCCCACAACAUCUCCGCACGCAACGUCCAGACUCCAAGCCGCAAACCGACUCAGCUGCCCGACAAGCAGAAAAGCGCUCGGAGCUAGCAAAGGCCCUCAAUGGUUUGAUAGUUCCUUAUCUUUGUGGCGGGUACCAGGGCAAAGGAGAUGCCCACCCCAAGUGUCCAAACUUGAGGGAAGCAUUUGCGACAAAAACCUUCCGAGGCGAUGUAGCACUUAGCUUUAAUCGUACACUCAACAGCCAGGUGACAGAUUUGAUGAUUUCGAAGGGGCCAGGUUGUCUUACCAAUGACGAAGUUGAGGCCUGGUUCAACGAUAUCCAAUCAAAACGAUACACUGUUAUUAUUGACGAGACCAAUACCAAGAAAAAAACCAAUGAAAAGAAAAGGAAACGUAAAAAUAGACACACCUUAACUGCUGAGGAAGCCGCUUUAGACGACAACCCAAUUCCAGACCUGGAUUGCAAGUCCAACUCAUCGCAGGGCAACUCAAGUUUGGAAUCAGUUCAAAUCCUGGAGCAGCUUACCGGUUUUGAGCAUCAUCCCUCAAAUAAUUAA